AUGGAAACGGAGGAAGAAAUAACAAAAAUGAUGACAGUUCCUCAAAGUGCUGUAGGAUGGAUUUUAGGAAAACAUAAGGCUGGAUGGUCAAGCAAAAACUUCCCUUAAUGCCAAACUGCUUUGUCUUGAUAAUAAGAAAUAUAAGAGAUAUUGAAGUAUUUUCGCUUCUAAGCUAUUAAAAUGCGAUUUAUAGCAUGUUUAAAGAUAUAUUUAAUACUUUAUUUCAUCCUAAUAUAUACAAAAAUUUUAUUGGUAAAAAUUUUUAGAGUAAUAAAUAAAAGAAUUAAUAGAAAAUAAGCUGGAUAUCGCUUAAUUAUUGUAUUAUAAGCAUGAAUCCAGUUGAAUUUUACUUUAAAAUGGAUAGAGACAAUUAAAUGAAUUCAAGCAUAAUUAUAGAUCAUGGGCAUAUGCAAUAUCUAGCAUUGUUUCGCUAAAUUAAUGCAUUUUAAAACAUUUCAUAUGCUUAAAUAGCUUAUUUUAAAUAUAAAAUAUGAUAUAUCUCAUUUAAAUGCAAUACAAAAUAUGAACUAAAUAUGCUAGCCAUAUAAAAGUUUUAUAUAUAGUAUUUAUAUGAAAUAUAGUAUUAAAUAUAUGUGUAAACAUGCUAGAAAUCACGUUUUAAUGGGAUAGAAGUGGAAAUAUUUAUACUUUUUAUUAUCAAGAAUAGGUAGUCGGGAUUAAUAGGAGGUAGGGGAAGUGGAGUGGUUCUAUGCUUGGCCAGCCGGACUUCAAAAUUUAAAAGAUAUGUCUGAAUGUGAUAUUACAUUACAGUAUAAUCAUAAGAAUAAGCUAUUUGAUAUAAAAUAAAAAGAUAUUAAAAAAAAUUAAAAUAAAUUAUAAUUUUAGGAUAUUAUUGUAAUUGAUUCUGCAAGCGUAAAUACAGGAGUAGACGAAAUGAGAAUUUUUCAAAUAAAAGGACUACCUAACAAGGUAGAUAUUGCUAUUAAAUUAAUACAAGCAGAGGCUAGCACAUUCAAGCUACAAGAGAUCGAAAAGAAGUCAAAAUCAAAGAGUAAAAUGCAGGUGAAGAAAAAAGGAAAUGAAUCUAGUGAAUCAGAAGAAAACGAAGAAGAAAACAAAGAAGAAGAAAAGCAAAUUGAGGCUGAGCAGGAGAUUGAGGAAGAAGAAAAAUUUAUUCCGUUUAUAGAAGAUAAAACAAAACUUAAUAUCCCAAGUAAUCAAAAAGUCGUUUCGCUAAUCAUUGGGCAAACAGGAUCUGGAAAAUCCACAUUUAUCAACUAUCUCACCAACUUUUUCAGAAAAGGGACUCUCGAAAAUAGAAAAGUAGCAAUACCUACUAGAAAUUUUCCACAAACUGAAAUAGAUUUUAAUCACACAGAAAGACUGGUAAGUUCAGAUCAUUCUCAAACCAAUAAUUGCUGUGCAUAUGAUUUUAUUGACGAUCAAAGUUCAAGCACUUUCACCUUUAUUGACUCUCCUGGUAUAGGGGAUACUAGAGGUGUUGAGCAAGAUGACAAAAAUAUUAGAAAAAUAAUAGAUGGGGUUUUAAAUUAUCAACAGAUCAAUGCAAUUAUAAUUGUUCAAAAUGGAAGUGAAUCUAGAAAUAAUGCAACUUUAAAGUAUACCUUGAAAAAGCUUAGAAACUCUCUUCCAGCACUUAUGGAAACUAAUAUAAUGCUUGUCCUUACAAGCUGCCCAAUUAGUUCAAACUUUAAUGAUGCCUCUUUAGAAAUAAUUCCCAAAACAAAAAUUCUGAUGGACAACAAUGCUUUUACUGUUGAAAACAUACAAAAUCUUAAGGAGAAUCAGCGAAAUCAAUUGCAACUAAGCUGGGAUAACUCUAUGUCACAAAUCAAAGAGCUAUUAGAAUUUAUCUGCUUAAUGGAUACCGUAGACACAAAAGUAUUUCAAGAAAUGAUUGAUGAAGUAAAUAUUGCAAAAGAAAAUUUCGAUUACGCACAAAAGUAUCUUACUAACCUUUACAGUUUAAAGAAAAAGCUAGAAGAAGUGAGAGAACAAAAAGGUGCAUCAUUGCAAGAGGCUAGAGCAUAUCAGAAUUAUAUAAAAACAGAAACAGUUGAACAGAUUGAAUGGGUUGAUAACCCAGAUGUUCACAGAGUUUGCCCCACUUAUAGUUCGUCAGGUAGUUCAAACGGAAUAAAACGCAUCCAAAAAAAAAGAAAGGUAACAACAAAAAUGGUCACACGUAAAUAUAAGAAACCUGGUACAUGCAAAAUGUGCAGAUUAAACAAAUCUGACCAUUAUCAUACUCGAAGAGUUCCAGUGAGGGUUGUAAGAUCAGUUGCAAGUAUUCUCAAUAAUGUUAGACGAAAUAUUCCAGAAAAAAUUCAAAAAAAAGUUCAAAAAUCAGUUCAAAAAAUUGACUAUGAUGCUAACUCCCCCUCAAAACCAUCGGAAAAAUCCCUAUUUUUGGGUAAAAACACAUCCUCUGUAAGCGGACAAAAACAAUAGAAAAUUGUUGAUAAAAAAAUUAUGCUAUAUAAAUGAUUAUUAGUAUAAUGAAAUCUCUAACUAACUCUUAAAACAAAAUUAAAUAAAUAUUUGUUUCAUAAUUUUUCGAGAGCAAACAAAAUGGUUUUUUUUUGCUCACGGAUCGGGGAGUAAGGCAAAGCAUGAGAGGAAUUUAGAAAGAGCUAACCAGUUACAAAAUCAGGAAUCUGGUUUUGAAAGAGAUAUAAGAUUAGUAGAAAUCUCUAUAGAAGAUACGAAAAUGAAAAUUAGGACUGCAGUUCAGAAUUUGAGAAGAGUUGCUCCGCAUUAUAAUAUUGCCGAAGAGAUUGAUGGGGUUCUGCAGCAGGCAAAACAACAGCUGAAAAUAGAUAGUCUGCCAAAAGAAAGAGAUAAAACAAGGAUUGUUAUAAGAGUGCUUGAAGAAAUUUAUAAUAAUCUUUUAGGAUAA